CGUAAUCUCAGUAUGAAUAGUGACCUAGCCAAAGCUAUUACGCUGACCUUUUUCAGUAUAUAAGGUGGUAAGCUCUUGCUUUCUUCUCCAUCUUCAAAUCAUUCAUUUAAUCCUUUUGCUUCUGCUAUCCUUCCCAAGUUCCAAGAUCACAAUGGCAGUUCAAGUUCUUAACAUUUUAGCAUCUCCUGCGAAAGCUGCAGCUUUCAUGUUAGUAGUGCUGCUUUUGAACACUGCGUGCCAUUGUCAGGCUCAACUCACCUCCACAUUUUAUGAAACUUCUUGUCCAAAUGCACUCGGCACUAUACGAACUUCCAUAAGGAAUUCAAUUGCAGCAGAACGAAGAAUGGCAGCUUCUCUCGUUCGUCUGCACUUCCAUGAUUGCUUUGUUCAGGGUUGUGAUGCCUCAAUCUUGCUUGAUGAGACACCAUCUGUCGAGAGUGAAAAGACUGCGCUGCCUAACAAGGAUUCUGCAAGAGGUUUUCAAGUCAUCGAGAAAGCAAAAGCUGAAGUAGAGAAGAUAUGCCCCGGUGUUGUAUCCUGUGCAGAUGUAGUCGCUGUGGCUGCAAGGGAUGCAUCUGCAUAUGUGGGUGGUCCAUCUUGGACAGUGAUGCUUGGAAGAAGAGACUCAACUACUGCAAGUCGAACUCUAGCAAAUAGUGAACUGCCAAGCUUUAAAGCUAGCCUGGACAGCCUCAUAUCUAGCUUUCAAAAGAAAGGGCUUAGUGCAAGGGAUAUGGUUGCCUUGUCAGGUUCUCAUACUCUAGGCCAAGCUCAAUGCUUCACAUUUCGUGACAGGAUAUAUAGCAAUGGCAGCGACAUUGAUGCUGGAUUUGCAAGCACUCGCAAGCGCAGUUGCCCUGAAGUUGGCGGUGAUUCAAAUUUGGCUCCACUUGAUUUGGUCACACCCAAUGCUUUUGACAACACUUACUUCAAGAAUCUCAUACAGAGGAAAGGUCUUCUUGAAUCUGAUCAAAUUCUUUUCAGUGGAGGUUCCACAGACAGUAUUGUUUCAGAAUAUAGCAGGAUUCCUGCGACUUUCAGCUCCGAUUUUGCAUCUGCCAUGAUCAAAAUGGGAAAUAUCAAUCCACUGACUGGAACUGCAGGUGAAAUUAGAAAAAUCUGCAAUGCUGUCAACUAAUCUGUGCUCCUUUAUAAUCUUCCAUUCCAUGCCUUAAUUUCUUGAAGUUAAAUUGUAUAUGCAGGCAUAUGUAUUCUGUUUACCAGCAAAUUUCUUAUUCUUUGAUCCAUUAAAUGUAAAGAGUUUUCAUCUCUUUUGUAGUUCAUCUCAUUCUAAUUAAUAAAAAUUAAAAAAUAUUAAUUAC